UAGCGGCCCUCUCGACCUACGAUGUCGUCGACACAGCAAGUAGCAAGACAGGUCCAUACUAUCCUCGCCUCCGUCAGGACAGCGGAUGCUCGGAUACCAGGCGACCGUACCGAUCUCACUGCCACCGGGACUCUCCUGCGCGCGCGACGGAAGCUGUGCGACUUUCUAGUUGAGCCCUCCACUGUGGACCCGACUCUUUGGACCCUUGAUCAUGAGCCUAUUCGCCGAAUCUACGAAGCCUUUCUUGCCCUCAGGGAUGCGUUCGAGGUCUUUGACUCUUUUGACUCUGUCAAGCGCAUGGAUAUCCCAACGGGUCCCACUGUGAAAUGCGUACGCAUAAUGUGGCCAUGGAUCGCGAAAUGGCUUGACGUCUUCCUUCCAACAAACAGUGGGAUCGACACGAAAGGCUCGCACGGUGCCGUCCUCCAUCUGCUGUGCGCGAUCCUCGAGGCCAUUUUCAUGCGAAAACCUUUCUUCGAAGAUGUCAUUGCAGAGACGCCAUGGAUCUAUGCCUCUUUAUUCCGCCUCUGGCUCCGUCUCGACCACUAUAUAACCCCUGCGCUGAUCAGGAGCAUGCCCGAGAUCGUAAACGUAGAUGCGAUGCUUUCCUUCGCUAUUGCCGGUGGAACUCGACUGGGCGUCGACGGUGUGAUGCAACCGGGCUCGAAGGGGUACCGCGCGGACCCCUUAGCCAUCGGCGGGGCUCUCGCUGUCGUACAAGAUGCUAAUCGCUUCUACCGCCUCGCUAUCCGAGCAGCCUUUCGUCUCCUCAGACGCCCCGCACUCACGCCUCCGAACUCGUUGGAAAUCGCCCUGCAGACCCUCACAAGUCUCCCGCGCAGCGACAACAUGCCAAUGGCCACGCCCUCGCGCAAGGUCGCUCGCGCAGCUGUCCGCCUCCUUCGUGAAGUCCUGCUGAGGCACCGGAUGUACGGCGAUGCGGUGCUCUUCGCCGCCCAGUUUCUCCAUCAAUUUUUCUGGACGACGAAUGAUAACAAGAUGAUGAUCUGGUCCAUUCGUGCUGGGGCACUGCCCAUGUUUCUUCUCGUUAACAAAGUACGACCGGACUUCCCUGCCGCGGCUUACCUCAAGUCGAUCGCCUGUCAGACGAUCUGCCCUGACGUAUUACGCGCGGUCGUCAGAUACAAGGGUGAUUCGCUCGGGAUAUUCAGAGAUGCUGGCUUUGCGGAUGAGGACGUCUUGUCUCGGGUGGACGUGGUCGUUGACACGCGCUGGAAGUUUCUACAGGGUCGCAAAGAUGACCUGAGGAAGUGCGGGCACGACCAGUGCAAUGGGCCUGUUGGCCUGACCCGUCGCUGCCCAUGCCAUCAGAUCGCGUACUGCUCGAAGGAAUGUCAGCGUGCGGAUUGGCCGCUGCACAAGGAAGUCUGUUCACCCACUAUCAUUGACGGAAUGCGAGACGUGCCAGGCCGAGAGAUCGACUUCGCGGUCUCGUGCUCGGCUUUCCAAAUAUACGUACUGGGCAAAGAAAUCGCUGAGUACGUAGCAGGGCUGCGACAUCAACAUCGGCGUCUACGCCGCGCCAAGGUCAUCGUCGACAACUCGCAGAUACCCGUGAAGUUCGAGGUAGGCGUGGACAUAGAAGGGGAAGGGACGGGGGAUAUUACGGUGCUGGGAUUGGCCUACGUCAAGAGAGGGAAUGGCUUUUUCCUUGUGCGUCUAGAGGUCAUCAAAAUCCUUGCCAAAGUCAAGGCAACAGACGCACGGAGAGCGUAUCAUCGCUCGGGGCCAGAGUUUACUCCUAUCAAAGCGCUCCACUCCGCUCGAGAAAAACUCGGUGACCUCCUCGUAGACCCUCUCUCCCUAGAUCCAGCAGCGUGGACUCUGAGCCACCACACCGUCCGACGAGCAUACGAAGCAUUCGUAGCCCUCAUUGAUGCAUUCGACGCAUUUGAAGCUAAAUGGCUUGAUGCCCUCCUGCCAGUCCGAGGCGUCAUCAACCUGGAGGAUUCGCAUGAUGUCGUCCUCUCGAAGCUCUGCGCAACGCUGGAGAUUCUGUUCAGGCGUAUUGAUCAUCUUCGGGAUGUCUUUGCGACCACACCUUGGAUCUAUGCCACGGUAUGCGAGCUGAGUCUCUAUCUGCCGCGUUACACGCAAACGGACCCGGCCGCAAAGCGCGGAACGUUAUACGUGAUGGAUACCGAUUCCAAGCUCAGCUUCGUGCUCUUUUUCGCGGCCGAGCUCAAGGGCCCCUCGAGCAAGGAUAGGGGACCCACCCUGGACCCCCUUGUGCAUCAGGGCAUCUUGGAAGCGGUUGGCCGCGAUCUUGAGCUUCUCUAUCACCUCGCCCUUCGACAGAUAUUCCGCAUUCUCGCCUACUCUCUUUCACCUGUCCGUUCAUUGACAGCCAGUAUCAAGGCCCUCACUCGGAUCGCCUCCCGAGGGCUAACUCUGCCUCAGCCAAGCCGCCGAGUCUCUCGCGCAGCUGUCCACCUUCUUCGGGAGUUGCUGGGCCGGUUGCCAGAUAUCGCCACAUAUGCGUCCGAACUGCUUUGCACCAUCCUCUCCACCGUGACCGAUGAUCGCAUGCUGGCUUGGGCAUUGCGCGACGGCGCGCUUCCUCUCCUUGCACACAUGAGUCGAGUGCAGCAGGCAGGCGCAGCGGCGGCAUAUCUGAAGAUGAUUGCCAGUCAGACCAUCUCUCCUCGUGUGCUGCGCGCGCUCGCCCACGGUAAUGGCGGCAAACCGCGUUCAUUACGCGGGGCUGGGUUUGCAGAUGAGCAGACGCUGGAAGAAGUGGAUGCUGUCAUUGCGGAGAGGUGGCUCAGCUUGCAAGCCAGGAACAAGCGCCUGAAGAGAUUGUUCCUCACCGGCUGGGGCACUUCAUCGGUGCUCAUGCUUCCUGGUUGCGUACUGCUCCCCGGACUGUCAGCGCCGUCAUUGGCGUAGCCAUAAAAUCAUCUGCAUGCCGCGGCACCUCAGACCUAAGGCCGGCAGACAGCCAGCUAUAAUUGACGGCAUCAAAGACGUGCCACAGUCGGAGAUCAACAUAGUCACCAUGUGUGCGGUCUCAUGCCUGUAUAUGGCUGCCCCGACGAUUCUCGCAAAACUCGAGCAGGCACGAGAACAGCCUCUCACUAAACGCAUUAAACUCGUCGUCGACUUCUCCUACAUCCCGGAGGUCCCUCGCAUCUCUGUGGAGGCUGAGGACAGCGCUAGCGAGAUCUGGGUGCUAGCAUCUGCUCAUGUUCGCCGCGGGAAAGGUUUCUACAAUGUCCUCCUCUAUGAGAAGACACUCAAGGAUGUAUUGAUGGAGUACGGUCAGCUGCAGUGACUACGGCUCAGUAGCGAGAUACGCACGGCGACCUGCAAUGUCACUUUUGAACGUGUG